AUGACAGCACGCAACGCACAACUCGAGCGGUACGACGGCGGGGAAACCGAUGACUAUUCAAGCGACUCAGAUAAAUAUAGUGAUAAUAUAUCCGAAUGUGAAUCGGAAAAUUGCAGUGAUUAUGGCUCUGAAUAUGAGUCAUAUACCGAGACUAGUACUAUUAAGUCUCCAAUUUCCCAACCUCCUAAAGUAGAAGAGAAAAUGUCUAAUUCGACAAAUUCCACAGAUCGAGUGGGAGUUAUAUAUACUCAAAGGCAAGAAAAGUUCGAUAAUAAAUUCACUCAAAUGGAUCUACUAAAUAGAAUCCGCAAAAUUGUCUCUUCACCUGUCAGAGAUAUGUCGAACAAUAAAGGAUCAUUAGAAGAUAUACAUUUAUGGGAUUAUCUCUUACCUAAUUACGGAGCAAAAGAAGGAAUUAGUCUGCUAGAUGCGUACACACGAGAAGAAUUGGUUGAUAGAUUAGUCAUCCAAGUAGAACAGAGGGAUAAUGGGUGGAAUGAUCUCAAUGACGCCAGAGUUCAACCACCUUUUAGUUCGAGAUAUGAAGUAAGACCCCGUAUACUUAGUACAGAAAAAAUAAAUAAUCAGAAAAAAAUAAUCGUGGGUCAAGAUGCGUUAAAAAAAUACGCGAAUCUAGUUUUGCAGAAGUAUCCUGAUUAUCUUGGUGGUUGGGAUAUCGAAGAAAAGGAUUCCCAACAUUUCGUAUAUUUUAAUCGAAAAACAUAUCUAGAAUGCCCACUAUGUAAUCGCACACACGACAAGGAUCAGCGGUGGUUUGGCCGUGCAUAUGGUAAUGGUUCAUUCAUUGUGAAAUGUUUCCAGCAAAAUCGUGACGAAUCAGGGGAAAUUUUCAAUGACCCAUCUAUUGCAGAAAAAAUCCAACAAAAAAAUAAAAAAUAA